UGUUUGUCAAUUUUUGUCCACAACUUUUCAGCGGAAACCAGUAUGUGCAUGUUGUGGGUAUUCCCAAGAUCAUUCAAAGUGAAAUUCUGAGCACUUCCACUGUCCCAAGAAAUGUAUUUCCCAACACACCAACUGCACAAACUCGGGGCAGUUCAGUUCCUUACUUUGAUAGGACUCCAACAUUCGUUCAAGGUAUUACCAUUGCCAUGAUCAUCAUAACAGUAAUCUUGAUCAUCAUAUUAAUAUUUCUGGUUUUCAAACUAUGGAGGUCGGGUCUGGUUCGAUUUGGCAAGCACCGCCACAACUACAGUACCCCAGACAUCCCAUUGAACACACAUGGAUCAGAAUUUGCUGCAAAUUAUGAAACGAAUUUCGGGCCACAAUAUGAGAAUGUAAGCGGACCUGCUUCUCAUACGAACAAUACGAUAGCCGUUGACGAUAUGUUUCCGAAAGCCUUGAUUGACUCACGAUAUGAAGUCAGGGAACUGGAGGAGCAGGAGGAGGAGGAACAAGAGCAGGGGUCUAUUCACAACGACCAAGAUGAAAAUGACAUUGGAUGGCGUAUUUCUGAAAAUGGGACAGAAGAGGAUGAGACUCGGUCGCUAGCCUCGACAGAUGGGCAGGGUCCAGACAGUCAGAAUGAAGGUGGAUCGGCAGCCUUUUCUACAGAGGAAACCAGUGAAAUAUAGAUUGGCUAAUCAGAAUCUUGCAUGACCAAGAUGAAGUACAUGUAGUGAUUAGUCAGCGUAUCAUUUCAGAAAAUGCAUCGCGAGAGGAGGAUUUUUGUUCAGCAGUCUCUGCAAAUGGGAUCGGCAGGACGGUCAGAAUGAAGUUGAAUCUGCAACAUCUUCUGAUCAGGGAACAAAUAAAAUAUAGGUUAUUCUAAUAAGAAGCUUGCGUGGUCUUGAGUGAAUUGACAAAUAUGAAAUUGGUUUUGCUGUGAACCAGCCGAAUAGUAAAAAAGUAUUAUCAAAUAGUUAUUGUUACUUGUUACUGAUUUUAAGGGUGUGGCGAGGGACUCUGUCGGUUGUCCAAUGGGCAAGUAGGAUCAUGUCCCACUCUUUAGAAAUGAGUUGUUAAUUCUUCAUGUCUCGCAAGACAAGAGAA